AUGCUGAACUGCCCUGUGGGCUCGAUGCUGAAGCGUGACAGUAUGUGGAGCGUGAGAAGCAUGGAUGAGAAUGACUGCUGCACAACCGCCGCGGCUGCGGAAGGUGUGGCAAUCGUUGGUGUGCGAAGUGCUGGAUGGGCAGAUGGCAGUGAAGCCGUUUUCUUGGCGAACGGCGUGGACUUCCAUUCUGGGCCAAGUCGCGGCCUGACUGUGGUCACCGUGCGGCCGAAUGGAACCCUCACAGAUUCAGCAACCUUCGAUACCAUGAAAUCCGGGUCUGACGCGCUGGCCGCGUACAUCAUCGGCAUUGAGAAUGGAACCAUGGUUCUGAUCGGUGCGCGUGACGAGGCCUCCGCCAAUCUUACAGACACGGCGAAAGCAGCGAUCAAAACCUGCGGUGCAACCAUGAUCGACGGCAGCACCCUCAGCAUGUAG